AGUCUGAGUAUACAGAGCUGUGAUGUCAUAAGUGUGUAUUAUGAGUCCCAACAUGUCCAGUGUUUACUGGAGGAGAUCCCCGACAACUGAGCCGGACGGAGAGGUGAGUGUUGUUAGUUACCUGCAAAGAAGGCGAGGAGGAGGCCGCAGGACAGGUGACACCCCCUGAGAUCUGCGCAAGGAAAGACACCCGCUUCCUCACCCUGAGUGCCCACACCGGAUGCCAUGGGGUCCGUACCCCCCGUGUUACUUUGUAUCACCCUGCUCUUCAUCCAUGAUACCUGGGGACAAGUGGAGUUCCUCUCCUUGCCGGACACGGUGUCCAUCAAAGAAAGUUCUCCCAUCGGCUCCCCCGUCCAUGCCUUCAGCCUGAUCAACUGUACCAGCAACAACCCCACCGUCACCAUCGACAGCGUCAUCCCACCGGCAACGUACUUCAACACCCCAACGCAGACCCUCACCGGAUCCGUCUUUGAAUUACAGAUUACACUCAGCAGUACGGCGACUCUGAACGCACAAGUGGUGAAUGAGUACAUCCUGGAGAUCACCGCCGUAUGUGGCAAUGAGACCGUCACCAAUCAGCUGUUUGUCAAUAUCCUAGACGACAUCCCGGAGCCGCAAUGUGAGCCGAAGUUCUCCAGCCAAGUUGGAGACUCUGUUGAAGUCUACUCCAAUGUUCCGGCCUCCAGCAACAUCUACACCGUGGUGUUACGGCAACCCAAGUAUAGACCUGUGACGUAUAAGAUCACCUCCCCCAGCCCUUCUCCAUUCACCAUCUCAUCCAAUGGAAAUGUCAAAUCUCCAGCCGCAGGAUUUGCCAAUGCCAAUUUGAAUUAUCAGCUGCAGAUCCAGGUCACUGACUCGGUGGGCAACACAUGCAAUGGGACGCUCAACGUCAAAGUUCUUCCUGUCUACCAAAACAGCGUCAACUUCACGUCAUCUUCAUUCAGUGUCACCAUCCCAGAAAAUGGCGGACCCAGCUAUCUGGUGACCACAAUGAAGGCGACCGGGACCAAUGUUCUGUACCAGCUGAUCGAUCCCAGCAGCAUCUACUACAUCGAACCAGCCACUGGCACGAUCAGAACAACAUUUAACCUGGACCUGGAAACCAACCCGUCACUGGUCACCACCAUCCUGAAGGUCCGAGCCUAUGACAGCACCCAGCGCUCUAACAGCGCCACCACCACCGUCACCAUUAUCGUCACUGACGUCAAUGACAUCGCUCCGCAGUGCAGCCCUGCCAUUGUAGUGAAGCAGGUUUCACAGAACGCUCCGGUUGGAGACCUAAUUGCGUCUUUGAGCUGUACGGAUCCCGAUUACAACAGCACCGGCCUCACCUAUUCCAUCACUUCCAACGCCAACUCCCUGUAUUCCUUCCGCAUGGUGGGCAACCAGCUGCAGAUCAAUAACACUCUGAAUUACGACUCCUAUGAAAUGGCGAGCGUGAAUUUCCAAUAUUCGGCCACGGUGGUGGUGACUGAUAACGGCACUCCGAAAAUGACCACCAACAUCCCGGUAUUUGUCACGGUCACCCCGGUGAAUAAUUAUGAUCCGAAAUGCGCCGGCCCGCUGACAUACAGCAUCAAUGAGAACCAGCCGUUUGGGACUGUGGUGGGACAGCUGAAUGCCACAGACGCUGACUAUCCCUUUAACAACGUGGAGUACAGUAUCACCGGUGCGCAGAACCCAACAAUGUUCUACAUCAACCCGAGAAGCGGACAGGUCAAUCUGCUCGGCCCCCUGGACUACGAGAAGCAGACCACCUACAACCUGCGGAUCCAAGUGGUGGAUCUGAAUAAUGACAUCUUACCAGACCCAAAGAACCAGAGGACCGCGUUCUGCACCAUCACCAUCAACGUGCUGGACUACAAUGAUAAUCCCCCCAUCUGUACACCUCCUUAUUAUGAAACGACGAUCUACUCCACCCUCUCGACGGCAACCCCAGUUGUUUCAUUGCAAUGCAGUGACGUAGAUGUUACCAACGCUGUGCUGCGUUACUCCAUUGUGGGCGGAAAUACUAAUGGCCGCUUUCAGAUGAUCGGCAGUAACGUCAUGCACAACCCGUUCUCCUUUAACACCGCUGGUGGUGUAUACGACCCUAUAAAGUAUGAGCUCCUCGUCCUGGUGACAGACAGUACGGCCUCCCCUCAGUACAGCACCACCGCCACUGUGUUCAUCACCGUUAUCCCCUGGACCACCACACAGCCCACCACCACGACCACAACACCGAUUCCACAGAAGCAAACGACGAUUGUGAAUCAGACUCUGGAGUACUGGCAGCCCGACACCUGGUUCAUGGUGGUCCUGACCAUCACCGGGGCCCUGCUCCUCGGUGCCAUUGGUCUGCUGACCUGGGCUCUGUGUAGAAAAUACCCGUUGUGUGCCCAAGGCCCGAAAGAUGCCACAGAGCCCCUCCUGCAGGACCGGUCAUUACAGAACGCUGAGCCGCCCGCCAACCAGAACCAGCAGCCCCCUCCCCCAUCCAAGGAGAAGAAGGACGUCGCUCCAGUCAGCCCGCUAAGCCUGCAGUUUGACGGCAGAGCUCAGGAUCCAGUGACGGGACGGGAGUAUCUCUUCAACAGCCACACCGGGGAGAGACGUUGGGUGUGAGGAGAGGGAGAGACGCCGACUCACCGAAAAUCAUAAUCACCACCACCAUGUCAUCCGAGGAGAGCCGAGGAAUCACCAGAUUUUAUUCUGAUGGAAUUU